AUGAGCACAUUUUCCAUUGUAAAUGCUCGCAACGUUUCGCUGGCUGACUCCCUCGAGGCCAGCGGCAACUGGACGGCUGUCACCCAGUUUACCCAGCCGGGAUGGCAGAUUGCUUUGUGGGCUAUCACCUAUUCCUUCGUCGUUAUCACAUCCAUCGUUGGCAAUGUCACCAUCAUCUGGAUUAUUCUAGCGCACAGGAGGAUGAGGACUGCUACCAAUUACUUUAUCGUUAAUUUGGCCCUUUCGGAUUUGCUGAUGUCUGCUUUCAAUACCACCUUCAAUUUUAUUUAUGCCAGUCACAACGUCUGGUAUUUUGGCAAGGAAUUCUGCAGGUUUCAGAACUGGUUCCCCAUCACGGCAAUGUUUGUGAGCAUUUACUCCAUGACAGCCGUGGCUGCAGAGAGGUACAUGGCAAUAAUUCAUCCCUUCAAGCCCAGGCUCUCUGCUGGAAACACCGGGGUCAUCAUAGGGAUAAUCUGGCUGGUGGCAUUUGGGCUUGCCUUCCCGCAGUGCUUCUACGCCAAGAUCAUGAUGGACAACGGAACAACAAAAUGCAUCGUUGUCUGGCCUGAUGAUGUUGGCUCCAAGCACCAGCUCACGUAUCACAUUGCAGUGAUCGUGUUGAUUUAUUUACUGCCUUUAAUGGUGAUGUUUGUCGCAUACAGCAUUAUAGGAAUUACUCUGUGGAGCAGUGGGGUUCCAGGCAACCACCUUAACAGAGUCCGCUACGAACACCAAUUUAAUGCCAAAAAAAAGUUUGUGAAGACCAUGGUGGUAGUUGUGAUAAUUUUUGCUGUCUGCUGGCUGCCCUAUCACAUAUACUUCAUCCUGGGAAGUUUCAAGGAAGACAUCUACCAGCAGAAAUACAUUCAGCAGGUUUAUCUCGCAAUCUUUCUCCUUGCCAUGAGUUCAACGAUGUACAACCCCAUCAUAUACUGCUGUCUUAACCAAAGGUUUCGUUCUGGCUUCAAACUGGCCUUCCGGUGGUGUCCGUGUAUAAAAGCAACUGAGAAAGACAAACUUAAACUUAUGCAACCAUCUCUUUACCAGACAACCCGCAGGAAGUCAAGAACAAGUUUCAACACAGAAAGCCAACUGAAUGAGAAAGAGAAGACAUCGUUUACCCUCACCCAGCUAAUGCUUUGAUUUUCUCCUCCCGGUUCUGGCUCUAUCCUAAUACACCAUUUUGAGGCAGCAGGUUUGAGAAGCCUGAGGGUGGUCUUUUUUUCUGGAGCAACUGUUUCCUAUGGGACUUUUUCAGAUGCCAUCACAGUGAAAGCAGCCUGCUGAUAAUACUUAUAUCCAUGAAGGUCCAACUAUGACCCAGCUAUGGAUGCAAGUUCAGCCCUCCCUUACACCAACAACUGCAGUACAGAACAGAGAUUUUGCCCAUGAGGUCAGCAAAGCAGUGAAUCAGACCUGAGGCAGUGCCAAUUAGUAGAAUAUCACUUAUUCUCUUCCAGAUAGCGUUCUCCUACUUUGUGUUCCACCGAGACGCUUAAACCUGUAAAAGUGGCGAUAGAGCAGAAAGGCCCAGUUUGGAGGGACCCCAUGGUGUGGGCAGCUAAAUCCCAUGGCUCGGCAGACCCAAGGUGGACAAGACUGUGGAGAAAAGCUUGUUUAUGACAGAGGCAAAUUCUAGCACAUCAAGACUGAAAAGCCUGCCCUGAAAAUCUUCUGAAUUCUGGGAUUUUCAUGCCUGCAACUUCACCAACACCAUCUCUCAGCAGUUAAAAGUAAGAAACAGUUCCUCCAGAUGUCAUCAUUGCAUGGAUUUCUAUAAAUCUGUACCAAACUACAAUGUUAUUUUACUAUUAAACUGCGCCCAAGUGAUUCCUCUAACUUCACAUAGUUAAUAGAGCCAUAGCUUUGCACACAAAAAGCUCCUACAACGUCGAAAAGAUCCAGUUAUUGAAAUAAUCCUCUUUGCUCUGUGAAAGCAAAACUAUAC